UCAAAGUUGGAGUCUUUGUGAGUCUAAGAACUUUGGAAAUCAAUCUCAACCAAUCCAUCGCGUGCUUUAGUGAGUAAGCUCUUGCUUUUUUUUUUCCCUUAUGGAAUCGGUUCAAUCAGUACCGUCUGCGAACUCAAACUCGUCGCCGGUGCCACCUUUUCUGAGCAAAACCUACGACAUGGUUGAUAAUCCUUCGACCAAUGAGGUCGUGUCUUGGAGCAAAGGGAACAACAGCUUCCUCGUGUGGAACGUGCCUGAGUUCUCUAAAGUGCUAUUGCCUAAGCAUUUCAAGCACAAUAAUUUCUCCAGCUUCGUUAGGCAGUUAAAUACAUAUGGAUUCAGGAAAGUUGAUCCAGAUAGAUGGGAAUUCGCAAAUGAAGGAUUUUUAAGAGGCCAAAAACAACUACUUAAAAGCAUUGCAAGGAGAAAACCUUCACAUGUGCAGCAGAAUCAGCAACAAACUCAAGUUCAGAAUUCAUCUGUUGGUGCUUGUGUUGAAGUGGGGAAAUUUGGAAUAGAAGAAGAAGUAGAAAGACUCAAGCGUGACAAGAACGUUCUUAUGCAAGAGCUUGUGAGGUUGAGGCAGCAGCAACAAGCUACGGAACACCAACUGCAGAAUGUGGGACAGAAAGUUCAGGUUAUGGAGCAGAGGCAACAGCAAACGAUGUCGUUUUUAGCAAAGGCGGUUCAGAGUCCAGGUUUCUUAAACCAGUUAGUACAACAACAGAAUAAUAAUAAUGAUGGCGGCAACAACAAACAUAUUCAGGGAAGUAAUAAAAAGAGGAGACUUCCUGGAGAUGAAAAGGAGGAGAGUUGUGGAGGGGAUGAGGAGGCUAAUGGUCUUAACCGUCAGAUUGUUAAGUAUCAGCCUUCUUUAAACGAAGCAGCACAAACUAUGCUUAGACAGAUCUUGAAUAGGAGUAGCUCACCUCGGUGUGAAACAGUUUCAAACCAUCCUGACAGUUUCCUGUUGGAUGAUGCUCCCAGUUCUAACUCAGCUCAGUCAGAAAAUGAAGCAGGUUUGGUGCAUCAUCCUCAAGCUGGUCCAAGUCCAAGCCAAGGAGGAGUAGCAGCUGCAGGUUCUUGGAGCCCUGAAUCUGAAGUAGUUGGAUUCGAGACAGGUGAUGGAGUGUGUUUUGAUCCAAUAAUGGCUGCUUUAGGUGGGUCGCUGGAAAUAGAAAGCGAUGAAGUCUCUCCUGUAGGUGAGGGUGAGUUACUAAACGAGGUCCCUAAGCUGCCCGGAGACGACCAAGAUUCAUUCUGGGAACAGUUCUUUGCUGAUGAAACCCCAUUGAUUGGUGAGAGAGACGACAUUCUUUUAGGAGCAGUGGAGAAUAGUGACAUGGUAAUGGAGCAAGAACCGAACGAGUGGAAGCAACAAGAGAUGAACCAUCUUACUGAACAAAUGGAACUGCUUUCUUCAGAAACAGAGAGGAAAUGAAUGUAAGAACUUUGGAAAAUUAUCUGCAUUGCUCUUCUGUCUUUCUUUCAGGGGAUAUGAACGAAGGAGAAAUGUAUGAGACGGUGUCUGUGAUUGCUUACCUUUUAGGUUGUCUUGGAGAUGCACAAAACCUGUAAAAGAACAACAUUACCACUAUGUUUGUGAAUAAUCAAUCUUUGAGUAGAGAUUUUGUUCUGUAUUGUUUCUAAUUUAUGUUGCUUUUGGAUAAUGGAUUAAUACAUUACGAUUCAAUUCGACUGAAUGUGAAGGACG